AUGAAGCUCACUAUCGCGACAUCGGUCUCAUUUUUUUGGUUGGUCUCGGCCAACAACGCCUUUACUCGGCAAGCAGGUGUAGGCGCCGAAGGUCUUUGGGAACCAGGCAGCUUCGGUACUUCACCUACUGCAGAGCAACAGCAGUUAUUCGUCGCCGCAGGACAUCAGGCAAAUGACACAAGCUCUGCAACUUUCAACUUUGCUCCGGGAAACCUUUCUGCCAGUGAUUCGACAUGGACUUGGCGUAUCAACAUCAGCGAAGUAGCAGUCCCAGACACGAACGAUUUACAUGCAAUCAACACACAAUGGGAUUUGCAAUGGCCUGGAGGUGGCAGCCUGCAGUCAUUCGUGGCACGGGCAGGCCUGGCCGGCAACAACAGUGGACGACUAUGCCUGGCAGWGGCAGAAUUUGAUCUUSUCUCAAAUGUUACAAGUCGCUAUUCAAAGAGCGAUCAGGGGAAUUGCUCUGCUGUGCUGGGAAGCGCAUGCGCUCAGAGGCUUCAAGCAAUGUACCUGAACGGCGCUUGCGACGAGACAUCGGGAAUUCUGCCACCGUUCGUUGAGGAGUGUGCGGACAUUGCGCCUGCCGCUAUGGGGCACGGUCAUUUGGAUCCAGGCACCCUGAUCGACUCCGACUUUAACCGAACUACACAGUCCGGUGACACGGUGUGGUACUCCACCUCCCCUGGAGUCCCUGCUUCCAAUAUAUCCAGCCCGUACGCUAAAGCCGAAACUCGUCUGAACAUCCUGCUGCUGCGAGAGAUUCCAGGCGUAGGGAAAGGUACCGAUGCAGCCACAAUGCUCUGUCAAGUUGUAAACCCAUCGGCAUCUAGUGGUGCACGAUCUGGCGGUCUUGUACCUUCCCUUUGGGCUUUUGGUCUGGUGGUUGCAUGGACGCUAUUGAUGGUGUAA